CCUGCACGGGAACAAGCCACGUUCUAUACCCUGGUCACCCACGGGGUUGAGUCAGAUAUCUCCAAGGCAAAAACCAUGAUUGAAAAAAAAAGAGGCAACUAAAGCGGUCUCCACUGCGCUAAAUGGCUACUCUGCCGUACUUAAGCUGCACGAUGGCAGCACCAUCGCGAGCGAAGUCGACCGUUCGACCAUUCAGCUUCGAUCGUCCUGCUGACUGCUUCUCGUUAGCAGUAUAGUCUGAUAGCCUUGUGUUGAUCACUCGCCAAUCAGGCCAUGAUGGGCAAGGCUGUCAAGAGCCACCGGCAAUCUUUCUCUUGAAACUAAAAAGUCGGCGGAUCUUCGCCCUCCCUUACGUUCUAAACUCUUACUCCGUACACCUUGCGAAGCACGUCUUUUCAUGUUGCGAACACCAUCGCCCCCAACGCUUCUACCAUGACGACGACGACGACAGCCACCGCGAGCGAAACACAAAAAACGCAUCUUCCCCUGACGACGACGUUCACACCGCCGGCUUCAUGUACGAGUAAUGUUUGGCUCGCUAGCACCAGCGGAAAGACAUGGAUGAACCUGGGUCCAAUUUUCCAUACGGAGUGUCUUCCAUCGGGGUGGAAAAAAACAGAUUAUUAUUCCCCGGGGAUAUGUCCGACGGGUUAUGCGAUUGCUGCCAGCGGCAUCGUGAUUGAUGGAUCUGUUACCGAAACUGCAGCGACCUGCUGCCCAACAUUCGGCGACAAUAAAUAUGUGACCCGAGCUGCAGAAUCGUCUACGAUUUCCGAAUUAAUAGACUGCACUUGGCAACCAGGUCCCGAUGUUACAACAGAAUUCAAGUACACCUGGACAGAUGACGAAGGACGAACAUCCAGCACAGACAGCGCGUUGAGCAGCGACGGCCACAUCAACGCAUACGGCGUAUAUAUACGAUGGCAAUCGAGCGAUUUCAGCACGCCCCCAGCCACGACGCCGAUCUCUAACACCGCUACCACCACCACUGCUGCCGCAACAUCUUCCCAAACUUCCACAGAACCCUCGGGAUCGUCGGAACUGUCGACGGGGGCCAAAGCGGGUAUCGGCGUCGGAGUUGCCGUGGGGGCCGUUUUAGCGAUUGUGGCCCUGGUGCUGUUCUUUAUUCGGCGCCGAAGAAACCGACCGGCGCAAUAUCAGCAGAGCCACGACGAGGCAGGUGCACCGGGAUUGGUAUACUAUCCCCCAAGCGAGAUGCCAACAGGGGAUGUAAGGGAACCUACAAAAUAUGCUGCGGAGUUGCCUGCUGGAACAGACAUGCCUGAAUUGGACGGGUCGAGAAAAUAAACGACUUAAUACCCCUUGACGAUUAGGCUAUAGAAUACCAUCUUCAGCGCGUUUGGUUUUCAUGCUUAACGGCCUGGCAGUCGGUCUCUGGAGGACUACUGGAUUAUCUGGAACUUCUUAAUUUUAAUUUGAUCUUAUAUUGACUU